AUGUUUGCUAUCAUCCUUCCUUUGAGUCAUUCUUUCUUUCAAAAAUGGGUUUUCUCUCAAAUUUUCUUUCUUUCUUUCUUUCUUUUCUUUCUUUUUUUCUUUUUUUCUACCUUUCUUUCUUUCUUUCUUCCUUAUUUUAUUCUUUGUUCUUUUCUUUCUUUCUCGCAUGAUGUUUCUUCUUAUUCUAUAUUUCUUUUUGUGUGUUUGUUUGUUUCUUUCUUUCUUUCUUCAAUGAGGUUUCUUGACGACUUUAAAUCUUAUUUGAAUUUGACGUUUGAUGUCACUCUUUCUUUCUUUCUUUCUUUCUUUCUUAUUCUCAAACAUUUUUACGUUGUAUUUGAGAAAUUCUUUCUUCCAUGCAUUUCCCACUUAUUUAUUCAUUCAUAUUUCGAAAAAGAACUUGCUUCUUUUGUCGAUGAACUCUUUACACCCCGCCCUCCCUGCAAUGACACCUUAGAGCGUUUUGAACACAGAUGCGAAACUAUCUAUCUAUCUAUCACAAUCAAUUUUUCUCUGUAUCUAUUUAUUUCGGCCAAUUCUAUCAUAAUCAAUUUUUCUAUUCUUCUAUCUAUCUAUCUAUCUAUCUAUCUAUCUAUCACAGUCAAUUCUUCUAUCUAUCAUAGACAAUUCUUCUAUCUAUCUAUCUAUCUAUCUAUUUAUCUAUUACAUUUUAUAUUAUCUAUCUAUCUACCUAUCUAUCUAUCUAUCUAUCUAUCUAUCUAUCUAUCUAUCUAUCUAUCUAUCACAAUCAAUUUUUCUCUCUAUCUAUUUAUUUCAGUCAAUUCUUCUAUCAUAAUCAAUUUUUCUAUUUCAGUCAAUUUUUCUAACUAUCUAACUACCUAUCACAGCCAAUUAUUCUAUCACAGACAAUUCUUCUAUCAAUCUAUCUAUCUAUCUAUCUACCUAUCACAGCCAAUUAUUCUAUCACAGACAAUUCUUCUAUCUAUCUAUCUAUCUAUCUAUCUAUCUAUCUAUCUAUUACAGUCAAUUCUUAUCAUAUAUAUUCCUUAUCUAUCUAUUUACCACAUUCAAUUCUAA